AUGGUUGAAACUAGUGAGGGGGUUGCCAAUAAAACUGCGAAUUCAAAUGGAUUGGUUCAAAGCGGAAAUGGUCCUUUAGAGGAGAAGAUUGAUGAGAUUCGACGAUUAUUUGGAAAAGCAGAAGGCGAUCCAUUGAGGAUUGUUGGUGUAGGAGCAGGGGCAUGGGGACUAGUGUUUCCAGCAAUGCUGCAAGAUGCAUAUGAGAUUUUUCGCCAUGAGAUUUCGAAAGACGGGUUCUGCUUGAACAUGAUUGAAACUCCACUCUGCCCCUUAAAAGUUGUCAAUAAAUUGCAAGAGGCAGUGUGGGAUGCUGAUAUUACUAUCUUUGAACAAUGCUUCAUUCUAGGGCGUAAAAGAAAGCUUGUUAUAGCAUUUGAAUUUGGAUUGCCAUCAAUGGAAACUAGUCAAGUGUUCAAAGAGAUUAGUAGGAAUUGGAAGGAAAGGAUUACUGUUCUGGUCAUCAUUUCUUUAGCGAAAGGAAUAGAAGCUGAAUUAGAGCCCGAACCAUGUAUAAUUACCCCAACUCAGAUGAUCAAUCGAGCAAGGCGUAAAAGAAAGCUUGUUAUAGCAUUUGAAUUUGGAUUGCCAUCAAUGGAAACUAGUCAAGUGUUCGAAGAGAUUAGUAGGAAUUGGAAGGAAAGGACUACUGUUCUGGUCAUCAUUUUUUUAGCGAAAGGAAUAGAAGCUGAAUUAGAGCCCCGAACCACGUAUAAUUACUCCAACUCAGAUGAUCAAUCGAGCAACAAAAGCGUAGAAGGCACGGGAUUAGAGGAAUUCUUCAGAGGAAAAGAAUCAGAGGAAGCAAAAGAAAGUUCAUUGACGAUGGCACUCGUUGAUUACGCAUCUUCUUCAGAUGAUGACGAACCUCGAAUCAAUGAAGAUAAACAACUAGUUAAAGAAAUACAAGGCCCCGAAGAGAAACGAUGCCGUUUUCAGUACCCUUCAUCCGUUCCACAGAACAACGAUUCAACCCACUCCCGCAAGAGCUCAGAGUCGUCAUUGCCUAAACGAACAGAGAAAUUUUCUAGUCAGCCAGAGUCUUCUGGCCUGAAACUCCCCGACGCCUCUAUCCUCUUGGAUUCACCUGCUCUGCCAUCUCAUCUUAUGGCUGCCUCAGAACACUCUUCUCGAGUUGCAGCUGCAAUGGCUGAAGGCGUAUCAAGGAAGAGAGACUUAAAUGGUUCUCCGGCCAGUCAUCUUCGUAGUAAAGUUCCAAAGGGGACCUUGCCUCAUUCCAGGAAUGUUCCAGAUACAGUAGGUGGCAAUUUACUCCCACCUCAACUUACUGGAAGGAGCAAUGUUGUUACGGAGGACAUAAGCAAGCUCUUUGUAAGAAGGCAUGCCGAUACUUCAUCACACUAG